AUGGGUUCAACGAGGAAACGUGAGCCGCAUUCUUACUCACAGAACUUCCCUUCCGAGUCACCCAAAUCAUCUAUCUCGUUCGACAUCGUUCUCGACAGGCUGGCCCUGUCUUUCCGGGGACAUGACGACGAACUUAUAAUAUCCCCGGGUGACAGAUCGGGCACCGAAGCGAUUCUCACGUUUUCCCUUUCCUUCCGUCUCAAAUGCAUUCUUGGGAGUUUUGAUCAUGAAGUUCAGCAUCAUCACGGAGGCCAUCCUUUUUCGGCGCGUUUACUUGCUCUUAUUCCAACGGCCCUGCGUUCGCGCUGGUCGUGGCUAUCACGGUCGCCACAGUUCAUCUUUCGUCUUGUCUUUCCCCAGCUUCUCUCACUUGGACGGAUUGGUCACAAUGACGAAUCAUGCGCAUCGCUCUUGUCGAGGAAUUCGCUUCCUGUGGGUUGCUUGGGACAAUAG